CAGCAGCUGCAAGAACAACAACAGGGAGAGCGAAAGGAGGACGACGCUCCCAUCGUCGAGGACGUCAAGGAGGAUGACAGCGACAACGAGGACGACGACGACGACGAUGAUGACGGCGGCGGCACCGAAGGUGACCAUGGAGCAAGUGGAAAUGACACCACCACUAAGCAGAGCAGGAGUGAGAAAAAGAGCCGCAAGGCGAUGUUGAAGCUAGGGAUGAAACCUGUCACAGGAGUCAGCAGAGUUACUAUAAAGAGAAACAAAAAUAUAUUGUUUGUCAUCUCAAAACCUGAUGUCUUCAAGAGCCCCAAUUCUGAUACAUAUGUCAUCUUUGGAGAGGCAAAAAUAGAGGACCUGAGCUCCCAUCUGCAAACCCAAGCUGCUCAACAAUUCAGGAUUCCGGACCUCAGCAACAAGAUGGCUAAGGUGGACGUAUCUUCUAGUGCAACGACUGGGGGGGAAGAAGAGGAAGUUGAUGAGAGUGGACUGGAACCUCGGGACAUUGAUCUUGUCAUGACACAGGCUGGUGUGUCCAGAGCAAAGGCUGUCAAAGCUCUAAAGACAAACAAUGGAGAUAUUGUCAGUGCUAUUAUGGAGCUCACUGCCUAGUAAGAAUCAUCAAUUUAGAUAGAUCGCGAGCAUUAUUUUGGAUACUGCAGUUGGGAGUUUAUUGAGUUGUUUGGAAUAUGGAAUUUUCAAAUUUGCAUCUGCCACUUCGUAUCUUAUGGAAGUAAUAUGGUCUCGUCUCAAACUCAUGAUCUUAUUUGAGUGACCAAUGCUUUGUUUUUCUGAGA